AUUGGCCGUGUUCACCAAACCAUCUCCGUUACUUCCUCUCACCCUCUCUCGCCGCAGACUAUGCUUCCGUCUCCCACCAAACCCUCCACUUUCUUCUACGCAUAAAAUCCCAAUCUCCCCAAGCCCAAACCAGCUUGGGGUUCUUCUCCGUCGAGAACUUCUCAAGCUUUAUCCCCUUCUAUUCGCCGACUGUUUCGCUCCUCCAAGCGAGCAGCGCUGUUUCCAUUAAUAUAUAUUUAUUUAUUUAUACAUAUUUCCCUAGAUUUUAGCGGUUGUCUGAGUUUAUCCAUGGCGGCGAUUCUAUCCUCCCAUCCCCCAAAUCAGGCGUCCGUCAGAGCCGCCGCCACUAACCCCAGCAGCCACCCCGCCCACCAGCUUACCCUCAGCUCCCGCCCUGCUCUCCCCCUUCGUCCCCGGACCCGAUUCCCUUGCGUACAGUGCAUUUAUCGGCCGGACUUCUCCGGAAAAGGCGCCAUCGGGUCUAACCGAGCCGAUUGGCUCAGCACCUGCGCUAUACUCUCCAGCAAGGUCGCCGUAUCUAAGAAACAGGAGGAGACAGACAAGCCCGUUCCCGGAGAUGGCGACAGCAAUAAAGGCGUAUCAGGUGAUGAAGCCGGCGGAAAGCUUUCCCCCGUCGUUUCCGCGGUGAACGGGCAUAUAUCUGGGUCGGCGACGUUAGAUCUGGUUCCGAUCUGUAACCUCCCCAAAGCACUGACCAUCUCCGACCUCUCCCCGGCUCCGAUGCACGGAUCCCAACUACGCGUGGCCUACCAGGGCGUCCCCGGCGCGUACAGCGAGGCAGCAGCCGGGCGCGCGUACCCUAACUGCGAGGCCAUUCCCUGCGACCAGUUCGAGGUUGCUUUCCAAGCCGUGGAGCUUUGGAUCGCCGACCGCGCCGUGCUCCCAGUCGAAAACUCCCUUGGCGGCAGCAUCCACCGUAACUACGAUCUCCUUCUACGCCACCGUCUGCACAUCGUUGGCGAGGUUCAGCUGCCGGUUCAUCACUGCCUCCUCUGCCUCCCUGGCGUCCGCAAGGAGUACCUCACCCGCGUCAUCAGCCACCCCCAAGCCCUAGCGCAGUGCGAGCACACCCUCACAAACCUUGGUCUAAACGUUGCCCGCGAGGCAUUCGACGAUACGGCUGCGGCAGCCGAGUACGUGGCGACAAACGGACUGCGCGACACGGCGGCGAUCGCGUCGUCUCGGGCUGCAGAGCUCUACGGCCUUCAGAUCCUCGCCGACGGAAUACAAGACGACUCCGGCAACGUGACGCGGUUCGUGAUGUUAGCGCGGGAACCAAUCAUUCCUCGCACAGAUCGACCUUUCAAAACGAGCAUCGUCUUCGCCCACGAUCGCGAAGGGACGUCUCUGCUCUUCAAAGUGCUCUCUGCCUUCGCCUUCCGUGACAUCUCGCUCACCAAAAUCGAAAGCCGUCCACACCGUAACCGCCCCAUCCGCCUCGUCGACGACGCCAACGUAGGCACAGCUAAGCACUUCGAGUACCUCUUCUACCUCGAUUUCGAAGCUUCCAUGGCCGAGACACGCGCGCAGAACGCCCUCGCCGAGAUUCAGGAGUUCACUUCCUUCCUCCGCGUUCUUGGCAGCUACCCAAUGGACAUGACUCCUUGGAACGCUCCAUCUUCGCCUUCAUCAGCCUCUUCUCCUUCCCCUCCUCUGUAAUUGAUGAGUUGAUUAUAUGUAUCUUCCAUCGGAAAAUCGCAGCAAUGCGCCGCCGGCUGGUUUGCGGGGAAGACGCCGCUGGUAGAUUUCCGGUUUUUUUUUUUCUAAAACUGUUCAUUUA